AUGCCCAGCCCCCAACUGAGCAAGGUCCGGGCGGCCGCCGUUGAUGGACGCCUCGCCAACCCCAUCUACCGCCAGACCCAGCUCAAGAACCUCCACGACGCCCUGUCCAGGGAGACUGCCCGCAUCGAGGCGGCCAUCAGCAACGACAACCCCGACUACCACUCUGUCGACGUCCGACUCGAGACCCGCCUCGCCUUGCGCCUGCUGGGUGAGAUCAGCACGGCCGUGAACCCCGAGCAAGCCCUCAAGGACGAGUAUUCGAUCGCCCGGGGGCAGGACUUUGCCAGCGGCAGACAGCCCUAUGGCGUUGUCAUCAUCGAGGAGCCCGCGCCCCAUGCGUUUCUGUACAGCCUCGUCUCUGCCCUGGCCCCCGCCAUCGCAGAGGGCAACACCGUCAUAGUCCAGAUGAAGGGCAACUCGCUCCUACAGACUCCCGCCUUGGUGUUCCAAAUUGUCGCCGCCGCGCUCGACAAGGACGUGUUCGCCGUGGUGCACGAUGAGCUGGACAGCGAGGAUAUCGGCCACCGGCACCUACGGGUCGUCCAAAAUGGCAGCACACUGUCCUCUUCUUCUCCCACAACCUCCAGGACGCCGACACUCUCCUCCGACCCAUCGGCCCGCACAGUCGCCAUUGUCGAGCGGGACGCAGACGUGCAAGCAGCGGCCGACGCCCUGGUCGCUGCCCGCUUCAGCCUCGGCGGACGCAGCCCGUACGCGCCUGACCUGGUCCUGGUCAACGAGUGGGUGAAGCGGGACCUCAUCAUCGCCCUCUCCGCCAGCUCCGCGCGGUUUACGGCCGACUCCAUCACUGCGAGUAAGAAGGGCAGGAAGCCGGCGGGCAGCGGCAAGUCGAGCGUCGCAGCCAAGGCGGUCGAGGAGGGAUCGGCCACAAUCAUCUCGUCUAACCCCGAGGCCACGAUUGUCGAUGUGAGCAGCCGUCAGUCGGUGGUGCUCAGGAGCAAGAUCUCGGAGCCGUGCUUGGUGCUGCACUCGGUGACGAGCAUGGACGAUGCGAUUGACACUGCGCCAAGACACGGCACACUAGCUGCAACAUACGUUUUCAGUAAGCCAGACCCGGCGAAGUACAUUGGCCAGUUUGUGGAUACGAGCAUCGUCUUUGUCAACCAGAUCCCUCUACAGAUACUAUUCGGCCCCAUGACACCCGCCACGACCUCGUACAAUGUCGCCCUCUCCACGCCCUAUCCGACCAUCCUCUUCUCCCUCCCCAAGCCCCAGCACAUUGUCCCCACAGUGCUGUCAAAAACAAUCGCCUCGAUCAUGAGCAACCCGCACUCGACGGCCGUCGUGCUCGACCCCAAGGCCCUGCCGCCAGUUAAGAGGCUCAAGAACAGGCUCGCGCUGGGCUUCUUCGAGCAGGGCAUCGUCACGGGCGGGGUGAUCCUGCUGAGCGUGGUGCUGUCGUGCACGGGCUGGGUGGGAUGGUAUGCGUUCCGGACGGCCAAGGCACGGCUGUUGUGA